CCUGUCUCCCUUUCCCUCUCCCCCUCUCUCCUUCCUUUCGCUUCCUCUCUCGCACCUGAGCACACGCACCUGCCCGGACCCGGCUCCGCUCCCUCCUCCCUCCUUCCCCUCCCUCCCUCCCCGCCCCGGCCGGAAGGCUCGGGCCCCGGCCGCGGGAGCCUCGCGGCUGCGUCACCGCCGCCCCCCCAGACAAGAUGGACACCGCCGAGGAAGACAUAUGUAGAGUGUGUCGGUCAGAAGGAACACCUGAGAAACCUCUUUAUCAUCCUUGUGUAUGUACUGGCAGUAUUAAGUUUAUCCAUCAAGAAUGCUUAGUUCAGUGGCUGAAACACAGUCGAAAAGAAUACUGUGAAUUAUGCAAGCACAGAUUUGCUUUCACACCAAUUUAUUCUCCAGAUAUGCCUUCACGGCUUCCAAUCCAAGACAUAUUUGCUGGACUCGUUACAAGUAUUGGCACUGCAAUACGAUAUUGGUUUCAUUAUACACUUGUGGCCUUUGCAUGGUUGGGAGUUGUUCCUCUUACAGCAUGCCGUAUCUACAAGUGCUUGUUUACUGGCUCCGUGAGCUCACUACUGACACUGCCACUGGACAUGCUGUCCACGGACAAUUUAUUGGCGGAUUGUUUGCAGGGUUGUUUUGUGGUGACAUGCACGCUGUGCGCAUUCAUCAGCCUCGUGUGGCUGCGAGAGCAGAUCGUCCACGGGGGCGCCCCGAUUUGGUUGGAACAUGCUGCCCCGCCCUUCAACGCAGCGGGGCACCACCAAAAUGAGGCUCCAGCAGGAGGAAAUGGUGCUGAAAAUGUUGCCCCUGACCAGCCUGCUAACCCACCAGCUGAGAACGCGGUGGUGGGAGAAAACCCCGAUGCCCAGGAUGAUCAGGCAGAAGAGGAGGAGGAGGACAACGAGGAGGAAGAUGACGCGGGUGGGGAGGAUGCAGCCGAUGCCAACAACGGGGCUCAGGAUGACAUGAACUGGAAUGCUUUGGAGUGGGACCGAGCUGCAGAAGAGCUUACGUGGGAAAGAAUGCUAGGACUUGAUGGAUCGCUAGUUUUUCUAGAACAUGUCUUCUGGGUGGUGUCUCUAAACACAUUGUUCAUUCUUGUUUUUGCAUUUUGCCCUUACCACAUUGGUCAUUUCUCCCUCGUUGGUUUGGGAUUUGAAGAACACGUCCAAGCAUCUCAUUUUGAAGGUCUAAUCACAACCAUUGUUGGGUAUAUACUUUUAGCAAUAACACUGAUAAUUUGCCACGGCUUGGCAACUCUUGUUAAAUUUCAUAGGUCUCGUCGUUUGCUGGGAGUCUGCUAUAUUGUUGUUAAGGUUUCUUUGUUAGUGGUGGUAGAGAUUGGAGUGUUCCCUCUCAUUUGUGGCUGGUGGCUGGAUAUCUGUUCCCUGGAAAUGUUUGAUGCUACUCUGAAAGAUCGAGAACUGAGCUUUCAGUCAGCUCCAGGUACGACCAUGUUUCUGCAUUGGCUAGUAGGAAUGGUGUACGUGUUCUACUUUGCCUCCUUCAUCCUGUUGCUGAGAGAGGUACUUCGACCUGGUGUCUUAUGGUUUCUAAGGAAUUUGAAUGAUCCAGAUUUUAAUCCAGUACAAGAAAUGAUCCAUUUGCCCAUUUAUAGGCAUCUCCGAAGAUUUAUUUUGUCAGUGAUUGUCUUUGGCUCCAUUGUCCUUCUGAUGCUUUGGCUUCCUAUACGUAUAAUUAAGAGUCUGCUGCCCAAUUUUCUUCCAUACAAUGUCAUGCUCUACAGUGAUGCUCCAGUGAGUGAACUGUCCCUUGAGCUACUUCUGCUUCAGGUGGUCUUGCCAGCGCUGCUUGAACAGGGACACACGCGGCAGUGGCUGAAGGGGCUUGUGCGAGCGUGGACGGUUACCGCUGGAUACUUGCUGGAUCUUCAUUCCUAUUUAUUGGGAGACCAGGAAGAAAAUGAGAACAGUGCAAAUCAACAAGUUAACAAUAAUCAGCAUGCUCGAAAUAACAACGCUAUUCCCGUGGUGGGCGAAGGCCUGCAUGCAGCCCACCAAGCCAUACUCCAGCAGGGAGGGCCUGUUGGCUUUCAGCCUUAUCGCCGGCCUUUAAAUUUUCCACUCAGGAUUUUUUUGUUGAUUGUCUUCAUGUGUAUAACCUUACUGAUUGCCAGCCUCAUCUGCCUUACUCUACCAGUAUUUGCUGGCCGUUGGUUAAUGUCAUUUUGGACGGGGACUGCCAAAAUUCAUGAGCUCUACACAGCUGCUUGUGGUCUCUAUGUUUGCUGGCUCACCAUAAGGGCAGUGACGGUGCUGGUGGCAUGGAUGCCACAGGGACGCAGAGUGAUCUUCCAGAAGGUUAAAGAGUGGUCCCUCAUGAUCAUGAAGACUUUGAUAGUUGCUGUGCUGCUGGCGGGGGUUGUCCCGCUCCUGCUGGGGCUCCUGUUUGAACUGGUUAUUGUUGCUCCCCUGAGGGUUCCCUUGGAUCAGACUCCUCUUUUUUACCCAUGGCAGGACUGGGCCCUUGGAGUCCUGCACGCCAAAAUCAUUGCAGCUAUAACACUGAUGGGUCCGCAGUGGUGGUUGAAAACAGUAAUAGAGCAGGUUUAUGCAAAUGGCAUCCGGAACAUUGACCUUCACUAUAUCAUUCGUAAACUGGCAGCGCCCGUGAUCUCUGUGCUCUUGCUUUCCCUGUGUGUACCUUACGUCAUAGCGUCCGGCGUCGUUCCUUUACUAGGUGUUACUGCGGAAAUGCAAAACUUGGUCCACCGGCGAAUUUAUCCGUUCUUACUGAUGGUUGUGGUGCUGAUGGGGAUCCUGUCCUUCCAGGUCCGCCAGUUCAAGCGCCUUUAUGAGCACAUUAAAAAUGACAAAUACCUUGUGGGCCAACGCCUCGUGAAUUAUGAACGGAAAUCUGGCAAACAAGGCACAUCUCCGCCACCUCCACAGUCGUCCCAAGAAUAAAGUGGUUGUCUCAACUACCUUGACCUUCCCCUUGCCUUUACGUGUCCUUUUUUGUGGACUUCUCUCUUUGGAGAUUUUUCCCAGUGAUCUCUCAGCAUUGUUUUUAAGUUAACUGUAUUUGACUUGCGUUCUUGGCAUUCAGAGAGCCGCAGUGCAAGGCUCUGCUGCCCUUCUUGCAUCUUCCGACAUCAUAGCUGUCUGAGAUCUGUACAUGUGUAAAUAGAAGUUCCUGGAUACCCUAAAACCUUGGAUUAAACAGAAUGUGCAUUGUACAUCUUUAAACAAAAUGUAUAUUAAUUUAUUAAAUCUAGUUGUCACUUUA